AUGAGGUCCUUUCGAAGCCCUGCUGCUUCACUUGCAGCCGCUGUCGCUACACUAGCUCUUGUGUCUGCAGUCGACUUCAAGAGCGGCGUAAGUUCCUCCACCAAGACCUCGACAGCCGAGCAGACAUCCGUCGAGCAAACCUCCUCGGACAACGCCGUCAGUCUUGCACCAGUGGAACCAGUCGCUGCUUGCUCAGAUCUGUUAGCUGUUGAUAUCACCGCUAUUGGUGGUGCCGGCAGUAACAUUACCGCAGCCGAGGAGAGCGAUAGCGAUGGCACCACCUAUUGCUCGGUUACGGGUAACUUCGCAUCAUCUGCGGGUUGGCAGGUAAUGCUUCCCGUGGCGAAUUGGACGCAGCGCUACAUGCAAGUCGGAUGCGGCGGCUUGUGCGGCAACAUCAACAUCCAGCCAGGCGCAGCUGACGGUUCUGCUCAAGUGACCAACGGUGAGUUCGCGUUGGCCUCCUCGGACAUGGCAGGUGGCUCCGAUGGCGAGUUCGGCCUUGAUGAAGACAGACGAGUGGCCUUUGCGUACCUGGCUGUUCAUCAGACAGCCGAGACGGCUAAGAAGCUGAUCAAGGCCUAUUAUGGCCAGGAAGCAGCAUAUUCGUAUUUCAACGGUUGCUCCGAUGGUGGUCGUGAGGCUGUCAUGGAAGCCAUCCGCUACCCGAACGACUUCGACGGUAUCAUCGCUGGUGCACCCGCCAUGCUCUUCACAUUCCAGAACAGUUUUCACCACGGAUGGCUAUCAGUUAGCAACACCGACAACGAAGGAAAGCGCAUCGUCAUCGCUGACCGCGCUUCAAUUCUGCACGAUGCCGUCGUCAAAGCUUGCGACUCUCUUGACGGUAUCGAAGACGGCCUCCUGUCCGAUCCCAGACUCUGCAACUUCGACCCGUCGACGAUCGAGUGUGCCGCGGACGCUACCGACAACUCUACGUGCUUGACGUCAGCCGAAGUGACGGCCGUGACCAAUUUCUACAAUGGUCCGAAAGAUAGUGGAAAGUACCUGACAGUCGGAGAGGAGCAGUACGGAUCGGAGUUAGCUUGGUCCGGUGUCUUCGUCUCGGACUCGUACACAGGCGACAUCAUGAGCACCAACACUGCGCUUGCUGCCAUCAAGUACUUGAUCUUCGAAGACUAUCCGGGCGAUAACUACACCUUGAGCGACUUUGACUUCACUAAAUCCACCAUCGAUCUGUUACGUGCACGCCAUCCUCUUCUCGAUGCCGUGAGUUCGGAUCUCUCGAAAUUCCACAAGGCCGGAGGCAAGCUCAUCAUUUGGCACGGUUGGUCAGACCCGCACAUCUCGCCGCGUACGACCAUUGCCUACCACGAAGCAUUGCAAAAGACCAUGGGCAAAAAAGUGCUGAACGAGUUCGAGCGUCUGUAUCUUCUUCCUGGAGUGUAUCAUUGCGGAAACGGUGAAGGUCCGUCUGCGAUCGAUUUGGUGACGCCCAUGCUGGAAUGGGUAGAGUCUGGUACUGCGCCCGAAGCCAUUGAAACGAGCACGCCGACCAACACGGGCGAGAGCAAGUUCGGUCAGUGGGCCAAGUCUGGUUCUGGCUCUGGCGGACCCCCUUCUGGCUCGGCUCCGCAGCGUAAUUUGGAGGCGGAGGCAUCUUCUUCGGGAUCGGCAGCUACGACCGUCACGCGCCCGGUUUACCCGUACCCCGCAGUGGCCAAGUACAAGGGCACUGGUGAUGUGAAUGAUGCUGCGAAUUUCGAAAAGGGCAGUGCGCUUUACACGAAGCCCACUCGUUCCUGGCUGGGAGAGGACUUCUUCAACCCGUACACGCCCACCAAGGCAUAAAACGCCAGACAGUAGUAAGUGAGCACGAAGCUGACCCCACUUCGUAGUAUCUCAAGAUAUUACUACUUACAUGAUGAGUUAAAGUGUCGUUGAAGUGGAUGUACUGCUGCUGU